AUGGAAACUAUCCUUCAAACGGACGUUCGUUCUCCUCGAGAGCUCCUGGCACACCAUGCGCGCCAUCCUCGGCGGGAUACUGCUAAAGUAGUCUUACUAGGCUGCUUAACUCUCCAUCCCUGCGACAAGUAUGGACCUUACACCCCCGCGACUCGGUCCAAAGUGGACUACAGACACGGAACCGAACAGCUCAUUGAGGAUCUGACUCAACCGCGUCCCGAGGAGCUCACGUUGGAAGCGUUCUAUAGAGAAGCACGAGAGCUGAAACUGGAGCAUGAACUAAUGGCGUAUAAGAUUGCCAAAAGAAAUCAGGGGAUUGCUAUACCCUUUUCCUUCGGGGUGUAUGAAUGCAAGUAUCAGCAAGGAGGAGAAUGGAAGAAAUUUGGCUUAUGUCACGUCACUGAAUACGUCGAUCACGAUCAAUCAUUCCUCGAUUACGUGCGGUCUCCUCCAGACUGGGUCCGUACCCUACAAAAGAAAAUUCCGCGUCUCUUGCCGGGGAACAUGUGUGGCGAUUUAUGCAAGCUCUUGAAGCCACCUGGUUCUCCCUUGAAAGGCAUGAUCGACCUCACAGACGUAGUCAUGUACACCGACUAUGGUAAUCCCCAAGCACGUGCCGUUUGGGUGAACCCAACAGUAUUGGACACAACAUUUAUCGCCUCCCCCGCAGAGCCCGCUGUGAACUGGAUAUGGACAAUCACACAAUUCCGGGAGUACUUCAAGGAUCCGAGAGUGGAUGAAGCAUGGAACGGUAAAUCUCUUUGA